CUAUUCAAAUGAUAAGGUCAAUUUCGGAUCAUUCAGUUUUCUUUGAAUAUAGACAUUUCCAUUGCAAUAAAUUUCUGUGCUACACUAACCGUAUUAGAAAGUAAGAUUUACUCGUUCCCUAGUAAUGAAUUGCCCAUCGAAGAGUAAGUAGACUUGUACUAAAAGCUCAGUUGACGCAUCGAAAUUAAAGUCAAUCAUAUCUAAUUGUCUCAUUUUUCACACUUUUGUUAGGGUUAACGGCUAGUGAAGAAACGAGUGUUACUAUUACUACUUUUGACGCUCGUUGGGUAAGUGCAAUAGCAAGCUUACGUCUCAUAAUAUGUUAAUAGUUACACUAAGUCCCUCUGGUUCUUUGGUAACGUCAGAGAAACCCCAUAAGUAACAAAGAAAAAUUAGCCUGUUUCUGGCUUGACGCUUCUCCGGAAACUCUAGAAGAAACAUCGUCGUUGGUUCGUGAGUACGCUAGACAGGGACAACCAGUGGGGAGCACGAGGCUCAAGGUGGACACUUGUGUUAAGAUGACACCCGUGGUGCUGAAAAAUUGCAGCCGUGUGAUUGGUGUAGCUUUCUUACCACGCCUGCUCAGGUAGUGAGGUCCAAAUUCUAGGAGAGAGCGCCCACAUCCUGCAUUCGAUCUAUAUAACGCGCCUCUCUAUCUCUCUUCGGAGAGCUAACACAACGAGACGCCCGGCAUUUCCCCGAGUUUCUUUAGCCAUUCAUUUUUCAGAGCAGUUACAGCAAUGAGUCCUAGCAGACGCGUACUGUCAGUAGCAUUUCUUCUGCUAUUAUUCAUGUAUCUUCCUCGGACAGCUCUCUCUCGGUCGGUCACUUCAUCUUAUCACCCGCCGGACAAUGGAAACGACACGAAUGCUUUAAACAAGCUUUUGCAAGUGUUCGGAAUGGAGCAUCCAGGUCGACGCGAGCGACAUGCUGCUCCUCCGCAGUUCAUGCUUGACCUGUAUAACGCCAUAGCGGACAGUAGAGGAGAAGUCACAAGAACAGCUAAUCCAUACAGUGCAAAGAUCAUCCGCAGUUUCCCCGAUAAAGAUCUGGAUAACCCGCUGCACUUUUAUUUCAACAUGACGUCUAAUGUCCCUAAAAAUGAACGGAUACUGGAGGCUGAGCUGCAUGUUUAUAAAGUGAAACCGAAACCUAAAACAGAAGAGUCACAUCAGGAUCCACGAUCUCAUUUGCUUGAGGUGCAGGUGUACCAAAUAAUGCUUCCCGAAACAAUCAGCAAAAAAGAAAGAAACAAACUGUUGGCUACACGUCGUAUCAGUGUCCACUCUGUAGGCUGGGAGGUCUUCUAUGUUAAACCUGCUGUUCUGGAAUGGCUACAAGGGAAGAGCCCAAACCUGGGUUUUCUUGUUACCGCAAGGACGAUGACUGGUGAAAGAGUCCGGAACGGAGUUCUACGGUUUGCUAAACGGCAUCAGCAUCACGUGAACAAACAGCCAAUCCUGGUCCUUUUCAAUGAUGAUAGUACACCUAGGGAAAACAUACAACUUCCAGAUGCUAAAAGUUGGGGUAUGUGCUAAUCCUGAAUAAACAAAUGUGAAAUGGGCAGCAACUACCUAGUUUGGAGUGGCACCUGUAGAAAAAGUCUUCGAUCAUUA